AUGUUAACAGUUCAACGAUGGUUAAAAAAAUAUGUUCGUGAUGUAUUAGAUGAAUCAGAUGAAAUUUUACAUGUUAAAUAUCACUUGAUUUAUAGUGUUGGUGGUCAGCAACAAGUUGAUGGAGGUGCAAAACGUUGGAAAACUAUUCAAACAAUUCUUGAAUUAGUUAAAAAACAUGCUGUCAAUAUUUCAAAAUGUUUCUAUGUAAAUGUUUGUUACAAACCAUCUGAACGAGAAAGUACAUUUCCACAAUUUCGUUUACAAUCAUAUGAACCAUUUCCAUUACUUUAUAAACUAAUUAUAUUAUCAUUUAUUUUAGAAGCACAUUCUUCUGUUGAAUAUCUCGUUCAUAAAUUUCCACGUCUUGAUCUUCAAUUAUUUCUCAUCAUUCGUGAUUUAUUAUCAUCCGAAGUUUUAUUAGUUGCUUUUACAAACAGAUAUCGAGUUAAUUAUGGUGUCAACCCAAGUUCUUCUUUUAAUCGUUUAAUGGCUGUACCAUUUCGUGCAAAAGAUGUUGUAACUGAUAGAACCGGAUUCAGUCAUCCAGAUGUUGCCUUAGUAUUAACACAACUUUCAUAUUACUAUUCAGGUUUAAAUGAAGAAGAAACUGAUCCUGCAUCGAUUUAUGAUCAAUGGAUUUUAUAUGAAGAUGAAAAAUAUAUACCAAAAAGUAUCAAACAAUGGAAUGAAGUUAAUUUAAAAGAUUAUCAACAACAAUUUGAUUAUCUCUUUCCAACUUUUCGACAUAGUAUGUUAGUUAUUAAUUAUUUUCUUGAUUACUUUGUAUUUCCUCGUGAAGCAAAACAAUUUCCACAUAAAUUAGUUGCCUCUGUUGGGAAUUUAUCUUCAUCUUUACGAUCAGAAAUAAUCACUGGAUUUAGUGGAACGAAU